UCUGGUGUUAUUCAGAUGGGUUUGGCUGAAAAUCAAGUUUCAUUUGAUUUGCUAGAAGAAUAUUUGGAAAACAAUUCAGAAAAACAACCAACAACUAGGAAGAGUAAUGGGGUUUCAAGCUUUAGAGAGAAUGCUCUAUUUCAAGAUUAUCAUGGUCUACAAAGUUUUAGAAAAGCAAUGGCAAGUUUCAUGGGGAAAAUCCGAGGCGAUAAAGUGGCAUUCGACCCCCAAAGAGUAGUUCUAACCGCUGGAGCAACAGCUGCCAAUGAACUCCUAACUUUCAUUUUAGCUAACCCUGGUGAUGCUUUAUUGGUUCCAACUCCAUACUACCCAGGAUUUGAUAGAGAUUUACGAUGGAGAACUGGCGUGAACAUUGUUCCAGUUCAUUGCAACAGCUGGAACAACUUUCAAGUUACUCCACAAGCAUUAGAAGAUGCAUAUAAAGAAGCCGAAUCAAUGAACAUCAAAGUUAGAGGACUUCUGGUUACAAACCCAUCGAACCCACUAGGUAUAGCAAUGGAACGUAAAGUACUCGAAGAGAUACUCGACUUCGUUACGUGUAAAAACAUUCAUCUUGUAUCGGAUGAAAUAUAUUCGGGGUCAGUUUUCUCUUCGACAGAAUUCGUUAGCGUUGCAGAAAUACUAGAAGCUCGAAACUAUAAAGACGCAGAAAGGGUUCAUAUUGUUUAUAGUUUAUCUAAAGAUUUAGGGUUACCUGGUUUUAGAGUUGGAACAAUUUAUUCAUACAAUGAUAAAGUUGUGACAACUGCAAGAAGGAUGUCAAGUUUUAGUUUAGUCUCAUCACAAACACAAAAUCUCUUAGCUGCCAUGCUAUCGGACAUGGAGUUCACCGAAAAUUAUAUUAAGAUUAACAGAGAAAGAUUGAAAAAAAGAUAUGGGUUAAUUGUUGAUGGACUAAGAAAAGCUGGCAUCGAGUGUCUGGAGGGAAAUGCUGGAUUAUUUUGUUGGAUGAAUUUAAGUCCAUUUUUGAAGAGCUCAACAAAAGAAAGUGAGUUGGUUCUCUGGAAUUCCAUGGUGAAUGAAGUGAAGUUGAAUAUAUCACCUGGUUCAUCUUGUCAUUGUGAUGAACCUGGUUGGUUUAGGGUAUGCUUUGCUAAUAUGAGUGAAGCAACAUUAGAAAUAGCAUUGAAGAGAAUUUAUGACUUCAUGGAAACUUAUCAAAGAAACAUGAAGAAUUAG